CCGCCUCCGCAGGGCUCUUCCCCGUCGCCGUGCUCUUCCCCCGUUUCGCCGCCUGUGCCCGAGAGCAGCGGGUGCCCCGCCGCCGCCGCCGCCGCCGCCACCUCCUCAGGGGGAAGGAUCCGACACCGUCAGAGGCGGCGGUCGCCGGAGCAAAGCCGGGCCUCUCCGGAAAGGAAGAGCCCUAACUCGCCAGUUUGUAAAGUUGAUAAACCACGGCCCCCAUCAUCAAGCCCUUCCAGUAUUGCUCGUCGUACGCCUUCGCUAGAUAUACUUGCUGCACCAUACCUUGCUGGCCAGUGGCCUCGUGAUAAUCAUGGACAAGCUGCACCUUGCAUGAGGGACAAAGCCACACAGACUGAGAGUGCUUGGGCUGAAGAAUACUUGGAAAAGAAAAAAGGAUCUCAUAAGCGUUCAGCAUCUUGGGGCAGCACAGAUCAGCUCAAAGAGAUUGCCAAGCUACGUCAGCAACUGCAAAGAAGUAAACACAGUAGUAGACAUCAUCGGGAUAAAGAAAGACAGUCUCCAUUCCAUGGUAAUCAUGCAGCCAUUAACCAAUGCCAGGCUCCAGUCCCAAAGAGUGUGCUAGUCCCUGUGAUACCAAUUGCUAAAUCUACAGGAUCGCGUUUCCGUAACAGCAUUGAAGGGCUGAAUCAGGAAAUCGAAAUAAUAAUAAAGGAGACAGGCGAGAAAGAAGAACAGCUUGUUCCACAAGAUAUUCCAGAUGGGCAUCGAGCUCCACCUCCUCUGGUGCAACGCAGCAGCAGUACUCGCAGCAUUGACACGCAAACUCCAGGUGGAGCAGAGAAAGGCAGUAACAACAGCAGCAGGUCUCAGUCUGUGUCCCCUAGCUCCUUCCUUGCCAUCACCAAUGAGAUCAACGAAGAGAGCCCAUGCUCUGCUGAUGACUUGCUUGGGGAGCCCAGAGAUAAAGAAAAUGGAAACAAUUCACCUUUGCCCAAAUAUGCCACCUCACCAAAACCUAAUAACAGCUAUAUGUUCAAACGUGAACCUCCUGAGGGCUGUGAGAAGGUGAAAGUGUUUGAGGAAAGCUUGCCAAAGCCCUUGCAUGAAAUUCCAGCCUUUUACUGUCCUGACAAGAAUAAAGUAAAUUUCAUUCCUAAAAGUGGCUCCGCUUUCUGCCUUGUUAGCAUCCUUAAGCCACUACUUCCCACACAAGAUCUUACCCUCAAAGGUGCUACUCAUAAUCUGACCGUCACCUCUGGAAUAACGCCCACAUUGCUGCAGCCUAUUUCCAUGGCCUCCUUGUCUGCAAAUACAGAUCAAGACCGUCUGUCUCGUGGAACAAACAAAGUAAUAUCACAGAUGUCUCUACUCCACCAGUCAGGACAUGGUGAAGAAACUGAAGGGUAAAUUUGGCUGUUAACAUGUGAGUGAGCGUUACUGAAGGUACCUGUGAUGGAAGCCUUCCAAAUUGCAUUUGUCCGCGACAUAGUAGCCGGCAGUUCCAUAAACAUGUCAAACUGAUAUCUUGAUCUCUAUGACUAUGCCUUUUAGACUGCUGUGAGAUCUGGAAAAGAGGAGUGGCAGAGAGACUGCUGCACUUGUCUCGGGAAGGCUCAAGUUCAUGAGUUCAAAAAUGGCCUGCUAUUUUUGAAGCUUUUGGUACCAAGAAGAAGGGAGGCAUCAUCCAUGAUUUUUUAAAUUUUAUUUUUAUUAUUUUUGUGCAGUUCAACCAACCGAUUUUCCUAAUGUUUUGCAUCCCAGUUUCAGUUUUGAACAAGGAAAAAUAGAAUAUGUUAACAGUUAUCCUUAACAAAAUUCCUGCAAGGGGAAAACUGCAAAUAGCACUGGAAGACGUAUUUUUUUGCAUGAGAAGUUAUUUAUAGAUCUUGAGUUAUUUUGAUGCAUACCAGAAAGCAGGAUGGUUACUAUAUAAUUUCUACUUCCAGGACCAAAGAAUCAAAAAUUUCCAGUAUUCUAUCAUGUGAUCACUUUGUUUUCCCUCCUUCUCCCACAUAAGCUUAACAUCAUUGAGACUAAAACAAAAAGCAAUAUUAGAACAUAUUUGGUGGGGAAUGAGUAUGCACAUGAAUAAAAUUCCUUGUCUGGAAAUAUCAUUUCGAAGCACUUCAGUCAGCAGUGUAAUGACUUGAUCCUAGUCCUGUGACUUAUGUUUCAGAACAAUAUUCUCUUCUUCUCUCUGCAAAAAUACCAACUAACUGUCACAUCAGUGCCUCUUGGGACAUCUUGGGUUUGUUGUGUCACUGUCAAAUUUUUAAAUUGCCUUUGACUUCUCCUGGAUCCUAUCAUGUCUUGCCACAAUAGUAUAUAAACCUUGUAGUCAUAUGAUCAUGAAAUGGCCAUGCAUGGUUCUUCCUGGUUGUCAAAGUACUGUUUUGUGGGUCUGCUGAGGGUAAUAAUUUGUCAGGCAUGAUACUUGUUAAAGCGGUUUACUUAAGUGAAAAAUAGUCUCUCUUUUGACUAGCGAUAUAGUUAGGGUGUCACGCUAAGGACCUUUGGUGUCUUAGUACUGAUCUGCACAUGUGGCCCAUUUCAUUUCUUCUGUUCUGUUUUUCAAAAAUAAACUAUAACUGUCUAACACUGAA